UUUUAAUGAACUGUCAAUGACUAGGGAGUAGCUUUCUUCCACUCUUCUUGAUGUUACAUCCGUUAACUUUCAAAUUUGUGGGUAUACGUUGUAGAAGGAAGGUUUUCGAAAACACUCGGCUGCGUUUUAUAGUGUUUACUGGUGAAUUGCCUCGAGCAUUUGUGAUAAUUCUGAUUGAAUCAAGAUGUCGAACAAGAUGUAUUAUUCAGAUAAAUACUACGAUGAUAAAUACGAAUAUAGGCAUGUAGUACUACCAAAAGAAAUGAUUAAAUUGGUUCCAACUACUCAUCUCCUCUCGGAACAAGAGUGGAGAGCUAUUGGUGUUCAACAAAGUCAAGGAUGGGUUCAUUAUAUGAUUCAUAAGCCAGAACCUCAUAUUUUACUCUUUAAAAGGAAAAUAACAUCUCCACCACCAGAAAAUUGAUUGUACUGACAGCAUUGUAACAAUUUGUAAAUAAUACUCCAAAUCAUUGUUAAUAUUCAUAAAACAACUCAAUUAUAGCAGCUGAUCAUUCUAGUGGCUUGUAAAAUCAAUAUAAAUGCAAUGUUAAGUUGAUAAAUUUAUAUUUAAAAUUCACUGAGACAGAGUAACAAUUUUGUUCUUUCUAAAUUCUUUGUGGAAAUAAUGUAAUUCAUUGUUUUAAUUUUUCCUUUUAAUGUGUCAUUCCAAAAAAUUAACAAGAGAAUUGUGUAUAUAUGUCUAUAAAAUCCCUUAGUUCUUAAUUACAGUUUAAAUAGUACUUAUAUUUUGGAUUUACCAUGACAGCUUGGUAUUUCAUUUAAUAAGUAAAAUUUGAGUAUUCUGAUUCUUUUCUGAAAAUCAUAGUUCUGUAGCAGAUUUAGUUAUUCUGUUAAGGAUUUAUUGAGUAAAGAAAAUUGUCAUUUUGUGAUUAAAGUGCCUUAUACAAAUGUACUAACUAUUAAGGUAUAUUUUAGUAUUACAUGUUUAGAAUAAUCAUUCCUUAUGUUUAACAAGAGUGAUAUAGUGGAAAAGUGUAUCUUUAAAUGUUAAGUUUUCACCAGUUGCAUUGAUUUUAAUCUAGAAUUCCAAUAUUAAUAAUUAAGUAUCAAAUUCUGCAUUCAUUACAUAUCUUGCCAUACAAUUUUUUAUAUCAUUCAGAAUUACGUAUUGCUCUUAGUUUACAUAUAAUGUUAUCUAGAAGCUGCUCUCUAAUUAUAUGUAUUUCUUGCAACAUUUUAUCAGUAUUU